UUUUAAACGGCCACACUGACUGAGAGACGCGCCGAUCUGCGGAAAAUUUAUUAUAUUUAAGUAAAAGACAACCGACAAUGGCUGAUUCGGACGACGAGUACGACCGCAAGCGGAGGGACAAGUUCCGAGGGGAGCGUAGCGAUAGUUACCGCACGGAACGCCGCGACGAGCGCCGCCCGGUGGGUGGUUCUGCCGGCGCCCGCGACGAGUGGGCGGAACGCAAUCCCUUCAGGGGCGGGGCUUCCGCAGGCGGCGGCGGCGGAGGAGCCCGCCACAGGCCGGACUACAGCGACUAUCGGGGUCCGGGGCCCAGGCCGCGCUACGGGUCGCCCGGACGGGAUCUGCCACCAGCCAAGCGGAUGCGACCCGACUGGGGCGAUGGAGAUGUACGCUCCAAUCCCCGUUUUGGGGGCUACGACCCGUAUUUGAUGCAAGCCUGGAACGACCACUACCAGUCUAUGCACUCGGCUUAUUCCCACGCCGGCCAUGCACCUCCUGCUCGGGAACAGGUGAGCAGCGGUGGCGACACGCUUACCCAGCCGGCCAUGCUCAACCUGAAGCAGUUCCUCGACACCCAGGACGAGAACAUAUCCGACUCGGAGGUGAUGCGCAAGUACACCGAGUACAAGACGGACUUCAAGCGACAGCAGCUAAACGAGUUCUUUGUGGCCCACAAGGACGAGGAAUGGUUCAAAAAUAAAUACCACCCCGAGGACAGUGUAAAACGCAGCGAAGAGCAGCGCGGCUUCCUACAGAGGCGGACGGAUGUUUUCGUGGAAUUGCUCGAGAAUGGAACUAUUGGCUCGGUCAAGGUGGAUUCCUCGCAGGGUGAUGCCUUGAUCCGUGUGUUGGACACCUGUGUCAUAAAGCUGGAAGGCGGCACCGACGAGGACCUUAAAGUGCUCGACGAGAAGCCAAAAGAGCCGGUGGUCUAUGAGCGAAAGUCGGACCUCAUUGACUCUGCCAAGCUGACAGAGGAAGCAAUCAAGAGUCCCAAGGAAGAGAAGCAGAGUGAGGAGGAUUCGUUGCCAGUUGUUGUGUCACCACAGCGGAAAGCUGUGAAACCUGUUAACUCUGACGAGGAAAACUGGGAUGACGAUGAAGCAGAAAGUGCGCCGCCCAAGAAAGAGGUGAAGGAUGAUUCAAAGGCCACCGAUUCUAGCGCUGAGGACAAGCAGCCGAAUAAAAAAAAGACCAAGAAGCGCAAGCGGAAUAGCAGCGAUGAUGACAGCUCCUCAUCCGACUCCGAAUCCAGUUCCAGCUCAGAUGAUGAGAAGCUAAAAGAGAAAUAUGAUGUGGAAGAUGGUCUGAGGAGUGAGCAAAAAGCCGAAGCGGAAAAGGACAGGCUUGACGCGGCCAAAGCAAAGCAAGCACCAGAGAGUCCCAAACCGGAAGCGCUAGUAGAAACGCCAAUUCCCGAGCCAGAAGAAGAAGCCACAGAAGGCAAUGCUGUCGAGAAUGACGAGGCAGAAAAGUCACCGGAAGAGAAUUUGAGUGCGCCCAAAGAAGCGGAAAAUGGAGACGCUGGCAAAACUGAAGAGGGAGAAGAAAAGCCUCCUAGUAAUGAAAACCAGGUUGUCGAAACCGAGACCAUUGACCUGGACAAAGUAAAGGAUGGCCACCCAAGAGCGCUGCAUCGCACCUCCUCCAUCUUUCUGCGCAACUUGGCCCCCUCCAUAACCAGAGCCGAAAUCGAGGGUGUAUGCAACCGUUUUAACGGCUACCUAAGGGUGGCUAUUGCAGAUCCUUUGGUAGAACGCCGUUGGUAUCGCCGCGGAUGGAUAACUUUCAUGCGGGACGUCAACAUCAAAGAGAUUUGCUGGGGCCUGAACAACCAGCGGCUGCGAGACUGUGAAAUGGGUGCCAUCGUUAAUCGAGACCUGAGUCGACGGGUACGGCCAGCCAACGGAAUCACCGCCCACAAACAGGUGGUGCGUUCAGACAUAAAGCUAUGCGCCAAGAUUGCUCUGAAUCUGGACGAAAGAUUCAGACUGUGGACGGAGGCGUCUGCAAACGAGGCAAAUGCCGCCAACCGCGCGACGGAAUCUUCGGCGAAUGGGAACGCCUCCACAUAUGGCUUCAAUUCGAAAAAUCCGGUGCUGCAAAACAUCACCGACUACCUCAUCGAAGAGGCGUCCGCAGAGGAGGAAGAGCUUCUCGGUCUUACAGGUGAAAACAAAGACAGUGAGGGUGAACCCAUCGAGCGUGAUGAGCAAUUGAUAGCCGUUCUGGACCGACUGGUGCUUUACUUGCGUAUUGUGCACUCCGUAGACUAUUACAACCAUUGCGAGUACCCGUACGAGGACGAGAUGCCUAACCGCUGUGGCAUUAUCCAUGCCCGUGGUCCAACUCCUGCUCGGGUGACGAGCAACGAGUUGCAGGAGUAUAUCAAGACGUACGAGAGCAAGCUGCAGCAAUUCCUCACCAAGACUGUAUUGCUCAGUGACGAGGAGAUUAAGGAUCUUGGCUCUAAGGACGCAGAGACCGAGGUGGAGAAGUUUGUGCAGGCGAACACCCAAGAGCUAGCCAAGGACAAGUGGUUGUGCCCGCUUUCGGGCAAGAAGUUUAAGGGCCCCGAGUUCAUUCGCAAGCACAUCUUGAAUAAGCACGAAGAGAAGGUCGACGAGGUGCGCAACGAGGUGCAGUACUUUAACAACUACCUGCGCGAUCCGAAGCGUCCGCAGUUGCCCGAGCACCCCGGCAGCUCUAAGCGCCCUGAAUCGGAAUCUUCCCGAGGCGGAGGAGGUUAUCGAGCGCCCAUGUACCCACCUUUUUCGGCGAUGCCCUACGGAUUCGGACCACCCAUGAUGGGUGGUGGCCGCGGAGGACGCAACUUCCCUCCCGUUCGCAGAGAAUUGCCUUUGGAACACCAGCGCCGGCUUAUCGGUUACCAUGAUUUGGAUGCGCCUGCCAAUUCCGAUAUGUUUGACUAAUUGAUUAGCACAAAACAGGCUCACUCGAUGCAGCAAUUAUCGUUUGGCGAGCUCAAGUUUUAAAAGCAAUUCAAGCAAUGCUAGGAAAAGUAUCUACUGCAUAUAAAGAUGGUUUAUAUACAACUACCGAUAUCCGUUUUCCUGUACAAUAAUAUGCCAAUUGUAUUAAGAAUCCGACAACGUUGCUAACUUUCAUUUGCCCGAAAUAAAUGCGAAUCCAUAGCCUAAAACGAAA